AUGUCGCCAUCCGACCAACUUGCGAUUCCCAAAGGCUCAACUGUGCUAGUCACGGGCGCCGUGGGUUUUAUUGGAUCUCACAUUGCAGACCAGUUUCUCAAGCAAGGCUACAAGGUCCGCGGGACUACGCGAAGCCCAGAGAAGAACGCCUGGAUCAACAAGCUGUUCGACAGCAAGUAUGGGCCGGGCAACUUUGAAUUGAUGGCAAUAUCCGACAUGGCCGAGCCGAAUGCCUUUGCACAAGUCGUCAAGGGCGUCUCGGCUGUCGUUCAUACGGCAUCCAUCUUCACAAUGGACCCCAACCCGGAGAAUGUGAUCCCUGGAACCGUGGCGGGGACGCGCAAUGCUCUCGAGGCCGCCGCACAGGAGCCCAGCGUGAAGCGCUUUGUGCUCACGUCCUCUUCCACCGCGGCCUUGAUCCCCAAACCCAACGACCCCCGCAAGGUUACCACUGAUUCGUGGAACGAUGAGGCUGUGGCGGAGGCUUACAGCGACCCGCCCUACGGCCCCGAGCAUGCGCUGCCCGUUUAUGCGGCCAGUAAAACUUUGGCGGAAAAGGAUGCAUGGAAGUUCAUGGAGGAGAAGAAACCCGCUUUUACCCUAAACACGGUUCUACCCAAUCUCAAUUUUGGCGCGAGUCUCGACACGACCCACCAAGGCCACCCAUCCACUUCAGGGAUUGUUGUUGCUCUCUUUAAUGGAGAUACCAACUUUUACCAGGGCGCUGUCCCGCCCCAGUACUAUGUCGACGUCCAGGACGACGCCCUCCUGCACGUAGCUGCUGCGAUUCUCCCAGAGGUCCAAUCAGAACGCAUCUUUGCGUUCGCCGAGCCCAUGAACGGAGAUCGAAUCCUGGCCGUGUUCCGCCAGCUGUACCCUACACGCAGCUUUGCCUCGAACUUCCAGUCUGGCGAGGACCUGAGCGAGAUUGUUCCCCGUAAGCGGGCUGAGGAUCUGCUGCGUAAGUUGGGUAAAGACGGGUGGACAAGCCUGGAGCAGAGCAUUAAGUGGAACACGGAGGAUCUUGUGUAA